GACAUUGACAGAGGCUGUGCAGUUACUGACUACCCUGGUAGCGGGACAGGCUCAGAGACACGGCCGGAGGGAUGAUGAUGAUGGCAGGCGGGACAGCCUGAGGGUUCGGGAGUUCUUAUUAUGUGGCCCUCCAGAGUUUUCCGGGUCUAAGCCCGACGAGGACCCUCAUGACUUUAUUAGGGGGAUGCGACGCUCAGUAGAUUUGGUCAGGGCUUCAGAGACCGAGUCUGUUGAGCUGGCUUCGCACAGGCUACGGGAUGUUGCUGCUCACUGGUACGAGUCUUGGGAGCUAGCUAGAGGCCGGGGUGCUUCCCCAGCCACUUGGGACGAGUUUGAGGCUGCUUUUCUCAGCCACUUUUUGCCUCCAGAGUUGCGGAGGGCGAGAGUGGACAGGUUUUUGCAGAUUCGACAGAGGGGCCGGAGUGUUCGUGAGUAUAACCUGGAGUUUGAUUCACUGGCCCGAUAUGCUCCGGCUAUAGUGGCAGAGAUGGCUGACCGGAUGCACCGAUAUGUGAUCGGGCUGGACCGUUACUUAGUUGAGUCCUGUAUGUCGAUGGCAUCACGGACAGAUAUGGAUAUCGCCAGAUUACAGGCGUAUGCUCAGGGGAUGGAGGACAGGUACCGAGCAGAUCAGUCCACUAGAGAUUGUGACAGGAGGCCGCCCAAGAGGGCUAGGUUCGCAGGUUAUUCCGGGGAUUCUCGAGGCGGACAGCCUCAGCAGCGGCAGUCAGGCAGACAGCUACCUCCACCCGGCCAGAGUACUCAGUCAGGCGGUCGGAGAUUUGAUAGUGCGGGACCGUCUGGGGCCGGUCAGGGCUCCAGAGCGGCAGGUCCACAGGUGUCCAGAGGCCCCAGCCAGCCCAGACCACCUAGGCCCCGUUGUUCUCAUUGCGGGAAGUCUCAUCCAGGAGAGUGUUAUCGAGCUACAGGAGCUUGUUUUACGUGCGGCGGUCAGGGCCAUUUUAUGAGAGAUUGUCCGUUGGCCAGCGGUUCCGGUAGUGUGGCUCAGCCGACAGGGUCAGCCGCCGGUUCAUCAUCUGCUCCAUCUGUUGCACGCCCUGCAGGGCGAGGUGUGCCGACAUCGGCGGGACGCGGUCGAGGCCGCGGUGGCGUUGCAGGUUCUAGCGGUCCUUCGAACCGCAUAUAUGCUUUGGCCAGCCGCCAGGAUCAGGAGGCUUCGCCAAACGUCGUCACAGGUACAGACAUUGGUGAUCCCCCAUUGUAGGCUCCACUUUUCUGCUAUCUCGGAGUACUCCUACUUGAUCCGGAGUCCACUUCUGGUAUAGACAUCUGUUGCUGUAUAUAUUUUGUAUAUUUGGCUGUUUGGGUACGGCGGGGCCCUGUCCCGCCAUAUGAUUCUGUCGGUCUGUUAGAGGUCUGUGGACAGGGUUGUGGGUUAUGGUCCUUAGGUAUGGUUAUGUGAACAUGUCGUUGUGCGAUUCUCAUAUACUGAGGCGGCCAGUCCGCAUGUUUUGAUUAGGCGAUUCUAUACGCCGAGGCGGCCAGUCCGCGUUUGAUAUAUGUAUAUAUAUUGUCCUGUUAGCCCUGA